CCCGGGAGGCCGCUCGGCCUCUUCCUGCGCGGCGCUUCACCGGCCCCGCCGGCCGCCCGGAUGGGAGACCCGGAGCGCUAAAAGCUGAAACAGGAAGCAAUUCUUUGUGGUACACUGAUUUUAUGGACUAUUUAAUCUCCAGUGCAUAUUGAAUUGCUGAGGAAUCCAGGAAGAGACAAGCUGAAGCUCCCAUUCCAUGGAUCCUUUGGGCGCACCUUCCCAGUUUGUGGAUGUGGAUACACUGCCAAGCUGGGGUGACUCCUGUGAAGAUGAAUUAAAUGCUUCUGAUACUGCAGCGGAACCAUUUCAGGAGGACACUAUUAGAUCACCUUUUCUUUAUAAUAAGGACAUUAACGGAAAAGUGGUUCUUUGGAAGGGAGAUGUGGCAUUACUGAACUGUACAGCCAUUGUGAACACCAGCAAUGAAAGUCUUACAGAUAAGAAUCCUGUGUCAGAAAGUAUCUUCAUGCUUGCAGGGCCUGAUUUGAAGGAAGACCUCCAGAAACUGAAAGGUUGCCGGACAGGUGAAGCAAAGUUGACGAAAGGAUUCCAUCUGGCUGCUCGGUUCAUCAUUCACACUGUGGGACCUAAAUACAAGAGCCGCUACCGCACAGCCGCUGAGAGCUCCCUGUAUAGCUGCUACCGAAACGUGCUUCAGCUGGCAAAAGAACAGUCAAUGUCUUCUGUUGGAUUCUGUGUCAUUAAUUCUGCAAAACGAGGUUAUCCUUUAGAGGAUGCAACACACAUCGCACUUCGCACUGUCAGGAGAUUCCUAGAGAUUCAUGGGGAGUCGAUUGAAAAAGUAGUAUUUGCUGUCUCUGAACUUGAAGAGGCUACUUACCAAAAGCUGCUACCUCUGUACUUCCCAAGGUCACUAAAAGAAGAGAGUCGGACAUUUCCAUCCCUACCUGCAGACAUUGGGAAUGCAGAAGGCGAGCCCGUGGUGCCUGAACGGCAGAUAAGAAUAAGUGAGAAGCCGGGCGCGCCAGAGGACAGCCAAGAAGAGGAGGAUGAAGGCUUGGGGGUCGAUCUCUCCUUCAUUGGCUCCCAUGCUUUUGCUCGAAUGGAAGGAGAUAUUGACAAGAAGAGAAGACUAAUCCUCCAGGGACAGCUGUCAGAGGCGGCCCUGCAGAAGCAACACCAGAGAAAUUAUAAUCGCUGGUUAUGUCAAGCAAGGUCUGAGGAUCUGUCCGAUAUUGCUUCUCUAAAAGCCUUAUACCAAACAGGUGUUGAUAACUGUGGCCGGACAGUGAUGGUGGUCGUCGGAAGGAACAUUCCUGUCACAUUAAUAGAUAUGGACAAGGCUCUCUUAUACUUCAUCCAUGUCAUGGAUCACAUCGCUGUGAAGGAGUAUGUGUUAGUGUAUUUUCACACACUGACCAGCGAGUACAAUCACCUGGACUCCGACUUCCUGAAGAAACUCUACGACGUCGUUGAUGUCAAGUACAAGAGGAAUUUGAAGGCUGUUUAUUUUGUUCAUCCAACAUUUCGUUCAAAGGUAUCAACAUGGUUUUUUACCACCUUUUCUGUCUCAGGACUGAAGGAUAAAAUCCACCACGUGGACAGCCUACACCAGCUGUUUUCCGCUAUCUCACCAGAACAGAUCGACUUUCCUCCUUUUGUCCUUGAAUACGAUGCCAGGGAAAAUGGGCCUCACUAUACAUCUUACCCCCCAUCACCGGAUUUGUGACCUGUCAUCUCUCCGUACUACUGGUUUCCAAGGAUGCCACCGUCUCCACAGAUCACUACCUACUGAAGUGAUACUCAUUUUGCUGUACAGAUCCAGAGAGCCUUUUGUCCCCACCUCUCUGGUAUUUUUUUAUUGACUGUAUAUUUUCUGGCACAUAAGCAAUCUGAAAAUGGUAGGCCAUUCUGAACUGCACACUUAUUUUAAAUUUGUAUAUUUGUAUCAAAUGGAAAUGUUCAUUUUUAAGUGGGUUGUUAAUAGAGAUUAGGGAGCAACUUUUGAGUAUUUUCAGUUUCCUGAAAGAACACUGGAUUCUCCAUUAGACAAGCCACCAAUGUUGUCACUCCAUCCCUUUAACAUUGCACGCUUCCCUUGUGUACUUAUCUCUCAAAAUAUAUAGAACCAGUGUAUGCUGCCCCUGCAUUGCUCCUGCAGACCUGGUAUUAGGUUUCAUACAGAUCAUUCGGGUGUGAUCAAUGAAAAUUGUCUGGGACCAAGAAUGUGGAAAUGUAUCUAAUCAAAGACAUCAAAAUCAUUAGCAGAAUAUAGGACUUAGAAUUUUACUGCACCAAUGAAGGUUUAAGGACUGAAGUUCUUGGGUUAAAUGUUUUGUUAAUAUUGCUGCCGUUCUGCUCUCAGCAGUGGAGGGAGACUGAAGCGUCAUCCUUUUGCCUCUCGUCAUGGGAGAUUUGGUCCCCUUAUUCAAAAGGACUGUGUGUGCUAGUACCCCUCUGGGCAGCCAUCUCCUGAGGCUGCGAGUGAGCCUCUAGAGGACGCACUGUCUUCCACAGUCAAGAGUAAUUUUCCUUGCCUCUUAAGGUUUCUCCUCUAAGGACAAUUCCCGGCGGUGUCUUGUUAACAGCUCACAUCGAUGUGGAGGAAGAGUUUUGCAGUGAAACAGAAUCCCAGACUACCUUUGGCACGCAGACUCUAUUUGUGCCUUAGCUUGCUAUGAGUGAAAACUGGGAUUCGGCUAUCUGCCUCGCCGAGGUAUCACAAGGAUAGCAUUUAGAAAGGGGUUUUGAUGUCUUUGAAAAUGCUAGGAGAGUGUGUGUGGUGGGGUGUCCUCAAUUUGUUUUAAAUGACAAUAAAUAGACUUGAGGGGCUGCUAUAAGGCACUUCUCUUGUCCUUGGCACCUUUUGAGUCGUUUUCCUUUCUUGGGACGAAAGUUGUUAGUGCAAAAUCCCAACCCCGAGGACCUUCCUUCUCCAUCCAGAAUUUCCUCUGGCCUGCUCACUCCCCCAGUGCUACACUUUAAUGAGAGGCAUCUGUUAGCCAUUUUAAACAUUUCUUCUUGAAUUAAGGUCAAACCAUUAUCAUUUCCAUCUGGGUGUCUUCAUAUUCCUUUUGAUUCCUGCACCCACCCCCCCAUCCACUUCACCCCAUCAUGUACAUUUGGCAGUUCUGAGAAGAAAAAGUAGAGCUCUGUUCUCAUGUGCUCCACUCAGGUCUGUGCGUCUGAGGGCAGGUCAACUCCCUCUGCCCAAAUUAAUUCUUCAGUGAGGCGAAAGAAACAUACUUCUCUUAAUUUAUGGUGGAGAAAUCCCCCAAUACUUGUGUUAACACCAUCCUCUAUUUUCCCAAAUGAACAAAGAAGGAUUUUACAUGUCUUAGUUCAGGACACUCACCUUUGCAUGUAUUGAGCACACUUGCUUUGUUUCAGGUAUCACAAGUACUGUUGCUUGUAUGUGCUUACUUGUUCAAGACAUUCUGUUACGUUCCCUAGGUCAGCAAGCCCAAGACAGUCAAAUGUUUGGUGUUAAGCUUCCUCUCAAAUAGCAUUCCUCCAAGACCUUGAACCUUGAGCCUUGAACCUUUAAAAUCUGAAAAAAUUAGUUUGGCCUUCCCCAGUACAUUGUUAGAUCACAUUUGAGUUCCCUUUUCACAGAGCAAUUAUAAAAUAUGCCAACUUUUAGUCAUGAAAGCUGGACUUGGCUACCUCAAAUUGGCAUCUAGCCUAAAUCAUUUACCCUGUAGAUAAUCAAGACUGCAGACUUAUUUUAAAAAGGGCCAAAUUUAUAUGUACAAGUGCUUAUAAGCAAUAAAUUUGAAAGGAUGUGUAUCUGUUGUAUUCACGCCAGAAUAUUAAUGUUUGGUAAUACAAGCAUUCUGCAUAUGCAAGGAUUCUACAAGGAGUCCACAUACCUGAGAUUCUACCUCGGUUGAUGUCCCGGGGCUAGGUAUACUCAGCACUAGCUGCAUAUAAACCACAGUUCAUAAUUAAAUGUUGACUAAAGUAUGGACCACUGCUCUCAGUGAAACUAAAUUUAGCGUGGGACCAAGUUCAUGCUUUUAGAGCCAUCUAAAGUGUCAUAUAUAAUGAAGCUGUGUACAGCUUGAAGGGGAACAUAAUGACCUUGAUAUUAAGAUGAUUAAGUAACAGUCAGUAUAAAUACAUAUUUGUCAAAAGAUUGAAUAGACUAGGUAGGUCAUGUCAUUUUCAGGGAUAUAUUAAAGAAUUAAGGGGUGACUUGGUGGAGAUGACCACGAGCAUCUGAUGUUAAUUCAGAGUACCACCAAGUCCUUAAUUUAAUUAAUCUUUAGUCAUGCCAAAUGCCAAUUGAGGAAGAAACAACUUACAAAAUAUUAAAUUAAUUCAUUAAUUAAUGCAGGUUAUGAUUUUUAAAGCAAGUACAUUUCUUCAGCAUAUAGUGGAUUCUUCUUAAUUAAUCUGUAUCCAAGUGUCUUGGUAGCAAAAAUGGCCUCUUCAAAAAAAUACAGUUUUUA